GAGCUCGUACGUAGAGCCCAGCUGCUUCUCUCUGGUAUUUGUCAAAUCAACAUCCCAGGUCGACGCACCGGCUCAUUCUGUCCCUCCACUCGUCUCUGUCUUUCUUCCUGUUCAUCAUCGCUGAGCCGUGCGACCACAUCGAGGACCAAACAGCCGCUGUUAGGUAUGAAGUGAAGGACAACAACGCAUCAGGAGGUUUCACGCAGCAGCAGCGGACGGUUUGGUUCAGUUUCUGGAUUUCAAAGGUUUAAGCCUGCCAUUGAAUUUGCCCACAGGGACCCUGGUUAAACAAUUGCUGAGCUCCAUUAGAGAAGAUCCAGUGAAGAUGAUUAUUCAGUUGAUGCUGUUGGGAUUUACUGCUUUCAGUCAUGGUGCGAUUCAGGGGCCUGAUUUUGAUGACACUCCUGACCCAGAGUUCCUCAACCCAUCCUGGAUGAGCAGCCUCCGAGAUGAUCAGCUGUUGUCUGAGGUCACCAUGCCCGGGACCCACAACAGCAUGGCCCUGUAUGGGGGCAUCUAUGCUGAAUGCCAGAGCUGGAGCUUGGCCUCCCAGCUGCGGGCAGGCGUGCGCUUCCUCGACAUCCGCUUGCGUCACGUGGAUGGGAACCUCACCCUCCACCACGGGGUCUCCUACCAGCGGGCUCACUUUGGCCACGUGUUGGAGGGCGUGGCCGGGUUCCUGCAGGAGCAUCCCAGCGAGACGGUGCUGAUGCGAGUGAAGGAGGAGUUCAGCGAGACGGAUAACAUCUACGGCCCCGUGGUGGACUACGUUCAGCGCUACGCUAGCUGGGACCUGCUGUGGCACAGUCGGCUCGUACCAACCGUGGGUGAAGCCCGGGGGAAGCUGAUCAUCCUGCAGGACUUCUCCGGACCUGAUCUGGGAAUGCGCUACAGGUCCUUGAACAUAGGAGAUGACUGGAAGGUUCCUACUCUGCUGCACGUGGAGGAGAAAUGGCGGCGUGUCUAUGAUCACCUGGAGCUGGCGCCUGCAGGGAGCAAGGCUCAGAUCUUCCUGACUUACAGCAGCGGGGCCGGUCUGUUCGCGUACCCGAGUGCAGUCGCUCAGCGCAUCAACGCACUGCUGUACACAUACCUGCAGGUGAAGACGGACCUGAACCAGCGCCUUGGGAUCAUAUGCAUGGACUUCCCUGCCGCUCCCAUGAUUCAAAUGAUCAUUGACUUUCAAUUAAAAGAGGACAUAAUGAGAAGAGAGGAAUUUAACCAGUUUCCUGGAGACACACGUUUGACACAUACAAUUUCUGAACUAAGAAAGAAGUUGAUUAAAUAUUACAAAGUCUGAGCCAGUGUCAACAAUCAAAAACCAAAUACCACCUUAAAUGUGACAUUACUACAGUUAGCAUGAUUAAAGUUGUGGCUCACUUCAAACGUGUCCUUGCAUCACUGGCAAGAAAAUAAAAGUCAAUUUAAUACAUCAGGGUUGUUUGGUGCUGCAAAAGCUGAUACAGUGUAACAGACUGACCCAGUUUACAGGAACAACAUGCAGUUUGAUGCACGACUCCCUCUCCUGGCUCAAUGGCACGUGUCAGCCUUUUUAGAAACAGACUUGUGCUGCUGUGAUCUGCUGAAACUGAGCCACGCGCUUCCUGAAGUAGGACCACAUUUCAGCUCAGUGGUUCUGCAGAAGAUAAUCUGUCUGAACGUGUGAUGAAAACACAGCCAAGAGCAGCUGCAAGUGCUCGCUGCUGGUCCUCCUGUCUUGGUUUCGCACUGCACCAUGCACAGAUCUAUUGAUUAUAUGUGCAAUGGUUUUAGAGUUUGGGUUUGAAAAAGAAAUAUAUAAAAAACCACAAGAGGAGCUGUGGCCAUAAACAAACCUACACUGAUGGUUUUCGCCAGAUAAUCGUUAUUUCCUCUCAGACGUUGCGAAAUGCUUGUUGAAACGCUUCAGCUUCAUACGAUAAUGUCUUAACAUCCUGCCAGCAAACAGCAAAGGACGCAACGUUAGUGCAGGUGCCUCUGCAUCUGGAAGACGAAGCUGAAGAGACCCGUCAUGGACUCGUCGCCACAGGAGGAGUUCAGGUCCCGUAGUGCCGUGCAGAUUUCACUUAUUGUUGUGUUGAAUAUGAUGUGGUGGAUGGUUAUGAUCGCAGCCAUUGGAAUGGGGGCCACUCAUCUGACCCGCUGUCCUGUCCAGUCCUUAAUCCCCAUCUAUCUGAUUGUGAUGGGCGCCUGCAGCCUCGUCUCUCUGUCCCUGACCUACACCGUGAAGACCUGGGGUGAUGGCGCUGUCUGCAUCCUGAGCUCUGUCUGGACGUCUUUGCUGCACCUCUUCAGUUUUUGCUGGUUCAUUUCAGGUAGUGUCUGGGUUUAUUCUGUGUACCCUCCCAACUACUCACCUGGUGAAGACCGGUACUGCCACAAGAUAACCUACAUGUUUGCCUUUGUCGUCACCACUGUGGUGUGGGGCCUUCUGGCUUUUGCAUUUUUCUGUAGCAGUUGUUUUGCUAUGUGGACCUGCUGUUCAGUAAGACGUCGCUUGAUUCCCAACCGUUACUCUUUCUAUGGUGCGAUAAGCGAUUCUCAAGAAGCCAGUUCUGGGGAUGUGUAACUUUAAAUACUUGUUAAUGUUUUCACAUAUUCAACAAGUAAAUCGUUUUUUGCCAUUCAGUUUCUUUAAGCUUGAGUUUUGUGCAUUUAUGUAAAAUAAAUAUGAAAUAAAUAAAGACACCUUCAAGAACUGCCUUAAAUGA